AAAGUUGUUCUUUACUUUCUUCCAUCAUUGAUUUACAGGAAAAGUUGAGCAAGUUCAUGUGCCAAACUUUUAUACAUUUGUAACAAUGAAAAGCUUUCCACAUGACGAAGCCUACAGAGAGUCUUUGAAACGAUACAAACAAUGUGGUUGAAGACAGAGGGCCAAGCCCGUGUUUCCCAACGCUCUUCUCUCAGAAUAAGGUGGUGCUUCAGAGGAGUGGCAGAGACAAACAGAAGGAGGCUCAUAUAAAGCAGCACUGCACUCUUGAUUGUGGAGGACUUACUUUAACAACACCGGAGUUACUGCUUAUUAAAACUAAGGAGCAUUACAUUUAUUUACCACUGAGGCUUUCAGGGGUUUUGUGAUACUUUUUUUUUACCUGGGGAUUUAAUGCUCUCUCUCCAUGAGGAAUCCACAAACCUCUAAAGAGGUCUGACACCGAGUGUGUUGAAGACAUCAAGAAUCCUUGUUUUUAAUUUCAUUCUUCUUCCUGAACCCCGAGACAUGGUGCUCUGGAUCAUCCUUCCCAUCUCUCUAACACUGGUGUCCUUCAUUGGAACAUGGAGCGUAUAUGGCAUGGCCCACUCCAACAAUCAUGUGUGUUCGCUCAGUGAUUGGAGCGGUAAAAAUUUCUGUCGAGGGAACGAGACCGAAGGAUGUUGCUUUGUUCCUACAAUAAGCGGAAGUGGCACCUUUGGUCCAGAAAGCUCGCUGUUUACAGCAACAAUGAACGCGGGAACCUUUCUCUUUGUGCUGUUCACCGUAUUCCAUCAUGCCCACAUAAUGGAGAGGCACAUGUGCCACUCCAUGCUGAGCAAAUUGGCGUUAGCCUUUGGAUUGGUGGCAGCCGCCGGGGCCUUUGCUGCUGGAAACUGCAACCCGGAUGCUGUAACUCUCCUGCACUACCUCGGAGCUGCUGUCAGCUUCACGUGUGCCUGCUUCUACACCAUCCUGCUCUGUGCCCUGACGGGGAAGUGUGUCCUGACCGGGUUCGAAAGGUUCCUCUUCCCUCUGCGCGUCUUCUUCGCAGUGGUUCAGUUCACUGUGACUGUCUGCUAUACCAUUUUUUUCGUCCAGGAAGAGUACGUCUACAACCUCCUGUCUGCAGUUUUCGAGUGGACCCUCAGUGUCAACCUGCAGAUGUUUGAGCUCACCUACGCAGUGGAGUUUUUCUUCUUCUCAUCCUUCAUGGUUUCAAACCUGCUGAGCAAACGCGAGGAGGAAAAGCCCUUGAUAUUGCCCAUGUCAUGAUAUAAGGCGGCCAGGUUCCAGCAGGAAAGCACAAACAGCAGUGAAGGACUGCGUAGGACAUCAGUGACCACAGUGGCUGGACCCUGGCUGAAGGUUCAAUAGCGUUUUCUGUUAUUUCAUUGCUUCAGUCUUUGAUGGCUUGGAUUGCGUUUACUUUUGUUUCAUUAUCUCAACUGUUACUUGAAAAAAAGUUUCCUUAAAUUGGGCAUUUCUGUAUCUUAGGUAAUAUAUUUAUUAAAACUCUUCCACUUUAACAGCAACAGAACAAACCACAUACGUAUAGUGCCUUUCAAAAUCAUUCACUCUCUAGAACUUUCUCUCAUUUUUUUGUCAUAUUAACCACAAACUUUAUUUUGUGUGUGUGUGGGGGGGAUUUUAUAUGAUAUGCCAACACUAAGUACAUCUGAAACGUGCAGCGUGGAAAUGUAUUCAGAAGCACCGAGCCGGCACUUUGUAGAACAAUCCUUCACUGCAUUUACAGCCGCAACAUUUUUGGUGGUACGUCUCUACGAGGUUUCCACGUUUACAAAUUACAAUUUCUACCCUUUCUUCGGUGCGAUAUUGCUCGAAGAAUAUCGCUCAGUCAGAUUGAAUUGAUAAGAAAAUUAAAAAUCUUGCCACAGAUUGUUCUUUGAAUGCAAGUCUUGAUUUGGACUGGACCGUUCCAAGUCUUGUUUUGAAGACUGGUUUGUCUGGUUUGUGGAAUGGUUUGAUCAUUCCACUGUAGCCAGAGCUACAGUGGAAUGAUCAAACCAUUCCACUGUAACUGUGUCUCCUUGCCCGACUCGCCAAUUUAGAAGGACUGGCAUAUUUUUGUGCAAUAUCUGUUCCAUUUUCGAACAUGAGAGUCAUCACUUUUCUCCCUGAUCUGUCUGCUGUGUUUGCUUGGUCUUCACUAAUGCUCUCUAACGAACCUUGAAGGCUUUCACAGAGCAGGUUUUAGUUAUACUGAGAAUGACUUUCACACAGAUGGACUCCAUUUACUAAUUGGGAGACUUUCAGCGGUAAUUGCUUGCUCUGGAUUUUAUGUAGGGAAUAAAAGCGAGAAUGCCUGAACACAAAUGUCACACUUUGCCACAAAUUUCAAAACCUUGUGUCAAUUUCCUUCCACUUCUCAAUUAUGUAGAACUUUCUGUUGGUCUAUCACAUAAAACCCUAAUAAAACGCGUUAAAACUUGUGGUUGUACCGUAGCAAAAUGUGAGCAGGGAUGUGAAUAAUUUUUCACAGCUGUGUAAACUGUACUUACCAGAAAUUAUUUACCCAAGUCAUCUGGCUUUGAUGAAACAGUUUUAGCAUGUGUGUUUUUUAGUGCAAUAACCUUUAGAAUGUGGACAGAGUGUACCAACAAACACAUUUUCUCUUGUAGCUCAGUACAAACCUGACGUUUAGGCACUUUAAUAGCAUUAAGAAGUUAUUACGUGUCAUGCUGAUAGACAGGAUAGACUGUGAUGCUCUUGGAGUCUGUCCUGCUCUUGGAUCGAAGGGCGGAGUUCCUGUAACUACCAAAGAUCCUGUUUGACUAGACAAUCAAAACUGAGUGACGUUUUUGAACAAAGACUUAUACGAUUCUUUCUCACUGAAAACACACAGACGUCAUCACCUCCUUUACAGAAGGUGUUGUCUGUGUCCUUUCCAUUACAUUACCUGAUUGUAUCGCAUCAGGUGUUCCAAGACCGACGUUGCUAGUUUACUAGUUUAAGUGUUUAAGUUAAGUGUUGUGGCCAUGCUGGAAAAACAUAAAACCAGGAAUCAUCUUGGAAAUGCUAAAUUAUCAUUCCCAUAUACUUUUUUUUUUUACAAAUAAAAUUAGAUUAAGAUCUCUGAAGGUGUUUUAUUGUGUUUGAAUUCCUAAACGCCUGGGCGAUCUUGUCAUUUGCCCCAAACCAAGAACAAUUUAAAAUUCUCCUCACCUGUAGUUUGCUUAGCUUUAACCCAUAAUAACCAGGUCCUCAGCUAUUCUUCGUUUAUUCUUUUUCAACAUUAGUGUCCUGUCUUGCUGAAAACGUCAGGUAAUUAAGUAAUUUGAGCUUGUAGGAAGCGUCAAAAUUCAAUAAUAGUUGUCUUUACACAAAGCUGUGAUGAUUAGAUCAAUAUUUUGCCUGACAAACCUCUGAAGGCUGCAUUUAUUUCUGUUGCUGGUGUACCUUUUCAUACCAGUUUUUUGUUCUAGACAACUUUUUAUAGAUAUGCAAGGAUGCAGCACUAUGAACAACCAGCUCCUUUAGCAAGGCCCUUUUGUUUAAUGUCCUUGUGGAGUGUGUGUGUGUCUUCUGGACACCUGUAAGCCGUCUUUCCCAUGACUGUGUUGGCCAUAAAGUGGACAUUACAUAGCAUACAUACAUUAAAAAUGUGCUUUUUUUAAGAUGGAUUUUGGUACCAUUGAAUUUUAUUCAACAGUACCUGGACAAGAGUCCCGCUAACAGAAGACAUGCAGCAAAUGACCUGAAUCAUACCCAGGAGAGCAGCAUUGACAGCUGUUGCCUCAGCAUAUGGUGCACCUAAAAUUGUUUUUUUGAAUUGCUGUAAUAUUAAAAUUUUCUGAGAUGAAA